AUGGUCAACCCGCCUACCGCACCCUCGCACUGGGGCAGGCAGCAGGAGGACGUCGCGCACCCUUCGCCUCCUCAGAAGGGACUCGUCGGAUCGCUCAUCGACAACGUCAAGACGGUCGCCGGAACGACGCUGCACAUCGCCCAACUCGCCUUGUCGGAGACCAAGCCCGUGCAGGCCGCCCAGUCGACGCUCGAGCAGGGCGAGCACGCUCUCCACUCGCUGUUCGAGCAGAUCAAGGACGACACGCUCGCUCGCGACGCGCUCACGAUUCUGCGCGCUGGAGUGCAGUCUGUCAAGCCACUCGAUGACCGCAAGCUGCUUCUCGAGCAGAUCAUCGUCCUGCUCUCGACGCUCCCGCCCGACUCGCCGGUCGGUCCCGUUCUCCAGAACGCCUUUAUCCGCGUCCUCUGGAUGGACAUCCCGAAGCCACCGGCGACGCUCAUCGGGCCGUACCAGCACCGCACCGCUGAUGGCUCGGGCAACAACGUCUUCUCGCCCGACGUCGGGAAAGCCAACAUGCCUUACGCGAGGACCGUCCCGCCCAUCCACCCCGUCCCGCGCAACCUGCCCGACGUCGACCUCGUCUGGGAGACGCUCCUCAAGCAGGACAAGUUCACGCCGCACCCGUCGGGAAUCAGCCCGCUCCUUUUCAGCUUUGCGGUCCUCAUCACGCACAGCAUCUUCCAGACCAACCACGACGAGCCGGCGUACAACGAGACGAGCUCGUACCUCGACCUCGCGCCCAUCUACGGCAACAACGAGACGGAGCAGAAGCAGGUUCGCCUCGGCGAGAACGGCCUCCUUCACGCUGACACGAUCGCCUCGCGCCGCCUCUUCCUCAUGACGCCCGCCGCCGUCGCCCUCGCCAUCGUCUUCGCGCGCAACCACAAUUGGAUCGCGAAGAAGCUCGUCGAGGUCAACGAGAACGACGUCUACCAGCCGUGGGAUCAGCUCGACCAGGACGGCAAGGCCAAGCAGGACGAGGACAUCUUCCAGAAGGCGCGCAUGAUCAACUGCGGGCACUUUGUCGCCGUCAUCUUCCAGGACUACAUCCGCGCCAUCUUGGCCAUCAACCGCACGACCUCGACCUGGUCCCUCGUCCCGACUGGCGAGAUCAAGGAGGCUUUCCAGGGUCCGCUUCCUCGUGGUACUGGCAACCACGUCUCUGCCGAGUUCAACAUUCUCUACCGCUGGCACAUGGCGACGAGCAAGGAGGACGCCGCUUGGCUCGGGAGGCUCAUGCACCAGCACUCGAAGAUGACGCCGGGCGACUUCCGCGCCGCUUACGAGAGCGUCGCCGCCGAACUCGGCGAGAACCCUCGUCGCUGGACCUUCAACAACCUCAAGCGCACCGGCCCCGACGGCGAAGGCCCCUUCCGCGACGACGACAUCGUCAAGACGCUCACCGACGGCACGAUCUGGAAGGCCGGCGCCUUCAAGGCUCGCGGCAUUCCCGAUAUCUUCGCUGUCAUCGACAAGAUGGGAAUGGUCGCGGCGAGGAACACCUGGCAGGUCGCGUCGCUCAACGAGUUCCGCCGCAUGCUCGGCCUUAAGGAGUACACGGACUUCACCGAGUGGAACCCGGACAAGGACAUCGCCGAGACCGCUCGCCGCCUCUACAAGCACGUCGACAACCUCGAGCUCUACCCGGGCUUGAUGGCCGAGCAGCCCAAGCCGUCGCAGGAGGGUUCAGGUCUCGCUCCUGGAUACACCAUCUCGCGCGCCAUCCUCUCCGACGCCGCCGCCCUCGUCCGCGGCGACCGCUUCCUCACGCACGACUACAACGUCGCGACCUUGACGAGCUACCACUUCCAGGACUUGCAGCCUGACCUCGACAACGGCGCUUUCGGCGGCCACAUCUGCAAGCUCCUCUUCCGCCUGUUCCCCGGCCACUACACCUACGACUCGGUCUACGCCCUCUUCCCCUUCACGAACCCCGACACGACCCGCGGCAUCCUCGAGAAGCUCAACAUCGAGGACCGCUACUCGUUCACCAAGCCCUCGCACGCCCCGCACUGGGUCAAGGUCACGACGUACGACGGAGCGAGGCACGUUUUCAAUCGCCCGCAGUCUCUCGACAACGUCUACGGACCCGCCCUCGCCGAGAUCAGCGGCAAGGAGGAGGAGUCGACCGAGGGCCCGUCGCAGCAGACCUUCAGCGAGACGCUCGACGCCGUCUUCUUCCCGAGCAACUUUGCGCAGCUCGCGCUCACCCGCAUCGGCGACAUGACCAAGCAGCAGAUGGAGUGCUGUUCGUGGAAGUACGGCAAGGGCGAACACCUCCGCGUCGACGUCGUCGGCGACGUCUUCGUCCCCGUCGUCUCGCAGUACAUCGCCGACAUUUGCGGCGUCCCGCUCAAGACGAAGCACAACGCGCUCGGCCUGUGGACGCCCACCCAGUUCUUCGAGGUCCUCAGCGAGAUCUACUCGUUCGUCUACCUCAACUUCGACCCGAGCGUCGGCUUCAAGCUCCGCGACCGCGUCAUCAAGAACGCUCGCACGCUCCGCCUCAUCAUCGAAGGCCGUCUUAUGCAGGCGAGCGGCUUCAUCGGUCAGCUCGGCGAGCUCGUCGGCGACAUCAAGAACCUCAUCAUGCCCAGCCGCGGCCAGGGCUUCGUCAUGUCGGACACGGCGCGCGAGUUCUACCACCGUGUCAUCCGCUCGACCGACAGGCCCGCCGCUGAGCUCGCCGGCGUCAUCCUCAUUGGCGCCGUCCGCCUCGUCACCUGCGUCUCGCAGGCCGCCAACGUCCUCGACUUCUACCUCAAGCCGGACCAGGAGAAGAACCUCAAGAAGGUGCUGCAAGCCGCGCAGAGGCACACCAACAUCGCCGACGACGCGACUCUCCUCCACUACGUCGAGGAGGCUCUCCGUCUCCAACCUGCCGUCUACGGCACCGCUCGCCGCGCCAAGGGCGACUUGCACAUCAAGGACGGCAACAAGGACCACCACGUCAAGAAGGACCAGUACGUCUGGGUCGACAUCGUCUCGGCCAACCUCGAUGCCGAGCACUUCCCCAAGCCGAACGAGGUCGUCGAGAACCGCGACAUGACGCGCUACACGUUCAACCAGAAGGUCUCGUCGCUUACGAACACCCGCAACGAGUCGCUCAACUCGACCCUCGUCACCGGCUUGAUCCGCGAGGCCGCGCAGAGGGACAUCAAGCGUGCCGAGGGUGCCGCUGGCCAGCUCGGCCGCAUCAGUGCCGCCGACGACUUCUGCCCCGCCUACGUCCGCGCCGAGGGACCGCCGACCGCCUUCCCGUCGUCGAUGGACGUCAUCUUCACCGGCAAGAAGAACAUCGUCUACGGCGAGAAGUGA